AUGCUAUUCUUGACUAUCAUAACAAGAGUUGUGUACUGGUAUAUGGACCACAAUAACCCCAACAAGUGUAUGAAACAAGAAAAAUCAUUGAAGAAACAAAAAAGCUGUGUUAAAACUGUGAGGAUUGUAGAGCCAGAAAAGACAGCGAGUUUUGUUUAUAUGUCUACAGAGAAUACUGUUACGGCGAUUGAAGAAUCACAAAAUGACGUAAACAAAUCCUACAUUCGGACCAAGACCGAAUACAAAUGUACAGGCUGUACAAACGAGGACACCACCAGGAGGAACCGCUGGGACAAGAAUGAAAUGGACUACAUGGGGCAGGAUUCAUUCGACAACAUCAAAGCCAAGCUCAACCAAAGCAUGGGUCAAUAG